AAAGCAGUUCAACUAUGAAAACAGAUAGUUAUUAAUCACAUUGUGAAGUGCUCAAAGGUAUUUUCCGUUAUUGAAAAUGAAGUUAUUUUACUUUGCCCUGGCCCUGGUGCUGAUCAUCACAAGCUUUAUGACGGCUGAUGCCAUCGACUGCAAUAACUGUCAACCUGGAUACAAACCCGUGUGUGCCACCAACGGCAAGACAUACCGGAACUUGUGCAAAAUGCAGUGCGCCGGCGCAAAGUGGAAGAAUAACGGCCAAUGCGGCAUAGUUCCCCGUUACCCAACAAAAGUACCUGACGACCAAGACGACGAAGAAGACUGAGCAACUACCAAUAAAUAAAACUUUUAAGGAAAA